UACAAACUGCAUAAGUAUUUUAAAUAUGUAAAAAGGGGGCAAAGUGUCAUCUGCUGUUGUUGCAGCUGUUCACUGACCCUGAUCACUUGUUAGGUAAUUCUCCUAUUGAUGUCUCACAUACACAAAUAUUGAAUCACACUACAGAGAUCAUUGCUAUCAGUGAAACGUGACUCAUCUACCUACAGUAUGUGCCAUUGUAGUAAAUGCUAGAAAUAGCUGUGAAUCUUAAGAGUACUGGGGUAGAUGGUCCUGCCAUGGUGUUAAAUGACAAAGUAAUGUAUAUUUUGCUGCUUUUCAGAUUUUAGAUGACAAGAAAACAUCAUGGGUUAUUUCUGUCUGGUCACACAACAAUGUUCCUAAUCACUGCGGUGACAAGGCUUCACAGUUGUUUUUACUCCAUGACAGCUGUAUGGGCUCUCUGGUUUGGCCGAGGUGAAUUCUUCAUAGAUAGGGUGGUUGGCUAUAUUUAGAGGGGCGCAGUUAUAUUGAAGUGGCUUCAGACCUGGCUCUCUAUAGUUCUCUGUCUUCACCAGUUAGCAAACUUCAGUUGUGAACUGCUCCACUUCUACAUUUCCUGUUGAUAAAAAUGGAUCCACAAAGCCUGAGGGAAGAUCUCCGUCUGUUUCAGAGUACUUUGCUCCAGGAUGGACUCAAGGAGCUACUGAAUGAGAAUAAGUUAAUAGACUGUAUUCUAAAGGUUGGAGACAGAAGCAUCCCAUGCCAUCGGCUCAUCCUUGCAGCAUGUAGUCCUUACUUCAGAGAGUUGUACUUCUCAGAUGAAAGCAAGGAAGUGGACAACAAAGAGGUUCCUCUGGAAAAUUUGGAUCCCAAUAUUAUGGAAGUGAUAGUGAAUUAUAUGUACUCAGCAGAGAUUGACAUCAAUGACAGCAAUGUUCAGGAUAUUUUAGCAGUUGCCAAUCGCUUCCAGAUUCCUUCAGUGUUCACUGUUUGUGUGAAUUAUCUCCAGAAGUCACUGUCACAGAGAAACUGCCUUGCUGUUUACAGACUGGGACUGAUGCUCAACAGCCCCAGACUGGCCAUAGCAGCUCGAGACUACAUUGCAGCUCGGUUUGAGACCUUAUCCAAAAAUGAGGAUUUCCUAGAACUUGGCCCCCAUGAACUCUUUGCUAUCAUUGGAGCAGAUGUUUUGAAUGUAGAAAAAGAGGAGGUGGUGUUUGAGUUCCUUCUGAAGUGGAUCAAAAAAGACAAAGCAAAUCGCAUAAAAAGCUUGAAUGAAGCAUGUGACUGCAUCCGUUUCCGUUUGCUCCCAGAGAAAUACUUCAAGGAGAAGGUUGAAAAGGAUGAACUCAUCAAGUCUGAUCCUGAGACCCUUAAAAAAAUCAAAGUCAUCAAAGAAGCUUUUGCAGGGAAGCUGCCUGAAAGGAAAAAGGGGCAAGAUGGUGAAGAAGGAGAAGAAGGAGAGGACAAGUUGCCUGGCUACCUGAAUGAUACCCGCCGAAUUGGCAUGUACGCCAAAGACAUGGUGCUGAUGAUCAAUGACAGUGCUGCUGUGGCCUAUGAUGGAAAGGAGAAUGAAUGCUUUCUUGCUGCAAUGUCUGAGCAGAUUCCCCGAAACCAUGUCAGUCUGGUAACAAAGAAGAACAAUCUUUAUGUUUUGGGUGGACUCUUUAUUGAUGAAGAGGACAAGGAAAACCCACUGCAGUGUUACUUCUAUCAGUUGGACAGUCUUGCUGCUGAAUGGAUGGCUCUUCCUCCCAUGCCCUCACCGAGGUGUUUGUUCGGUAUGGGUGAAGUUGACAACCUCAUCUUCGCUGUAGCAGGCAAAGAUCUGCAAUCCAACGAGUCCCAUGACACCGUUAUGUGCUAUGACACAGAGAAAAUGAAGUGGAGUGAAACAAAAAAGCUUCCCUUGAAACUCAACGGCCACAGUGUUGUCUCUGAGAACGGACUGGUUUACUGCAUUGGAGGAAAAACAGAAGACAACAAAACAACCAAUAAGAUGUUUGCAUACAACCACAAGAGGUCAGAGUGGAAGGAGGUGGCUUCCAUGAAGACCCCCAGAUCCAUGUUUGGAGCAGUUAUCUACAAGGGAAGGAUUAUUGUGGCUGGGGGGGCCAACGAAGAGGGCCUCAUAGCUGGAUGCGAAGCCUAUGAUUUUGGAACAAACAAGUGGUCGCCCUUCACUGACUUUCCUCAGGAGAGGAGUUCAGUAAACCUGGUCAGCUGUGACGGGCUGAUGUUCGCUGUAGGAGGCUUUGCCAUGGUGGAGAACGACGACAAAGAGUGUGCACCCAGUGAAAUCAUUGACAUUUGGCAGUAUGAAGAUGACAAGAAGCAGUGGACUGGCAUCAUCAGAGAAAUGCGUUAUGCAGCUGGAGCCUCCUGUGUGUCUAUGCGUCUGAAUGCAGCCAAAAUGCCAAAACUGUAAUGAGAAUUAACAAAUAUCUGGUAGAAGGGACUGUUAAUGUACUCCUGUAGACAGAAAUACAAGCAUGUACAUUUAUUUAGAUGUGUGACUCAUUCAUAUCUUUAUUUUUUAAUAAGUAAUGCUAAAAAAAUAAGUCCACAGUAGUGCUAACAUACUGUUAAUAAAUGUGUUUUUAUAUCCUGCCAGCCUUACCAAUUGUUAUGCUAAUGUAUCUUCAAUAAAGUCAUGAGUUAUAAACCUUUUAAUAGUAUGUUGCAGUUGUACCAAAAUACCUGCUGAAAACGCUGAUUUUUUUUCUCUUAAACCUAAUGCAACAACAUAAACAUAAUGGCUAAAAUUACAAAUCUAUGUUAAAAAAAUAGCACGUUAUUUAUGUCUGUUGAGCUACUGACAAAACGGCACAAAUGCUGCUUAUGUACAACUUUAUAUUUUAUUU